AUGUUCUGCACUCGUAUUUCCAAAUCAGUGGCAUCGCGCUCCCUUGUCAAGUCCAGUCAUGCGGUACCAUCCUCCAUUCGGAAUCUUGCAACAGUCGCACCAGUGCAGACAGCUACCCGCAAUCACAAAAUUGUCGUGAUUGGCGGUGGCUCAGCUGGCAUUGCUCUCUCCCACCAACUGCUUCGAAAAGGAAAUUUUGCCCAAGACGACAUUGCCAUUGUUGAUCCCGCGGAAUGGCAUCACUACCAACCCGGCUGGACCCUUGUUGGUGGUGGUCUGAAGAAGAAAGAAGAGCUCCGUCGCCCACUAAAGGACUUGAUCAACCCCAAAUUCAAGUUCUACAAUACAGCCGUAGGAAGCCUAAACCCAGAGCAAAACUACAUCACUACCGGUACCGGGGAUAAAAUCGGAUAUGAGCAACUUGUCGUCGUACCUGGAAUCACGCUGGAUUACGGAGCUGUCCCCGGUCUGAAAGAAGCGCUUGAAGAGAAGGAAUCAAUGGUUUCCACUAUUUACGAUUAUGCAUACUGUGACAAGGCAUAUAGCAAUAUCCAGAAGUUCAAAAAGGGUGAUGCGGUAUUCACCCAGCCAGCGGGUGUAGUCAAGUGUGCGGGUGCACCCCAAAAGAUCAUGUGGCUUGCGUUGGAUUACUGGAAGAACGCUGGGCUGUACCACCCUACAUCUUCCAGCGAAUCUCCAAUAAACAUUGCCUUUGCAACUGGCUUGCCAAAAAUGUUCGGUGUAGACAAAUACAGCCAAACCCUCGAAAAGCUCCGUGUAGAACGCGGCGUCCAAGGCCUCUUCCAACACGACCUAACCUCCAUCUCCGGCAACACCGCCACCUUCAACGUACCCAACCAAGACCCCGUCAAACGCCAUUUCGACUUCCUGCACGUCGCCCCCAAAAACGUGCCCUGGUCCUUUGUCAAAAACAGCCCCUUGGCAAACGAAGCCGGCUACGUCGCCGUCUCAGACAGCACAACCCAGCACACCAAAUACCCCAACGUCUGGUCCAUCGGCGACGCCUCCUCACUCCCCACCAGCAAAACCGUCGCAGCCAUCACCGCCGAAGCACCCGUCCUCGUGUCCAACCUGCUCAACCACAUGCAAGGGAAGCAGCUAGAAGCCGAGUAUGAUGGGUACACGUCAUGCCCGCUGCUUACGGGGCAGAAGGAGGUGCUGCUUGCGGAGUUUAAGUACGGCGGUGUGCCUAAGGAGACGUUUGGGAGGGUGUUGGGAGCGGAUCAGGGAGUGCCUAGGAAGGCGUUUUAUUGGUUGAAGAAGGAGUUCUUCCCUUGGGUGUAUGGCAGGUAUCAUGUUAAGGGGGAGUGGGCGGGGCCGAAGGGGUUUGCGAAGUGA